UCCAUAGUUCCAUUUCACUUGGCGAGUUGUUCUUAAUCUACAAGUUUAUGAAUUCAAUGAAGCAAUUAACAUCUAGACUGGAGCCGUGUAAACAUAACACUCAAAGGAAUCCCCCUUUUUCUCUCUGUAUCUGUUCACAAUUCUGUUUCCUAGCAGAGUACUUCAUUGGCUCUCAUUUGACUAUAAAAUUCCAAAUACAUUCUAACUUCACCAUAACCAUGGAUUUCAAAGCAGAGCUCAACACACAAAUAACAGAAGAAGAAGAAGAUUGUUACUACGCUGAGAUUAGGAAGCAGAUCAUUCUACUUUUGACAGCAUACGAUGAUGACGAAGAACAGCCUCCCAGAACUGCAGCCAAACCAGGUGCAAAAGUUCAACAAAGAGAUCGUUGGCCACAGAUAAAAGGAAAUUUGAGUUUGUGCCCAAACGGGAAGGAUUUUGAAGAACCUGUUUGGCAUGUAAAUUCAUGGGAGAAUGGGAAUGGAACAGGGGUUUUCAUUCCUCAAGCAGUCAAAUACAAAAAAUAUUGUGUUCUCAGAAGGUUGAGAAAGCAUGAGAGAAAAGAAAAACACAGACAAAAGAACAUCGAAACCGAGGAUCAUUCAUGUUUUUAUAAGGAUAAAUUGCAAAGAAAAAAAUACCCCUCAAGUUUGUCCAUUGUAUAAAAGAUAUCCCUUUUCAAAAGCUAAAUAAUACCUUUUAACUUUUCAUAAUAGGAAUUCAUGAAAAUUGAGACUUGAAACGACUAUGAUAGUACUUGAAUUUUAAUUUUCAUUUAAGCUAAAUAAAGGAGAUGUCUGGCACGCCUAGUAGUAUA